AAUGUCAAAUAAUGAAAUUUCAAUAUGGCCGCCCCAUUUGUUGUCAAACAGUAAAAUUGUUUAUAAAAUUUUUAUAAUUUAUUUAUUAAUACAAUGCACUAUAACAAAUUGAAUCCCAACAAUUUAGGUUGUUGCAGUUGUUGAUAAAAUUAUUAUUGCACAAUGUUCACAAAUUCAAAAAGCUAUUUUCUGUUAUUUUUCUAUAUUUUUCUCCUAAAAAGUGCUUUUGGCCAGCAGGAAAAUGAAUGUUCCAGCAAAUGCAGUUGCAAAUCGAACCCUCAACGAGAUGGAGGCAACUUUAUUAAAAUGACUUGCGGAGAAACUGAAAAAAUAACCAGCUUGGACGAGUUGGAGUUACUUAAUUUUGCCAGCGAUUUAGUACAAUUGAAUCUCUCAAACAACAAUCUCAAAACAUUCGCCCUCAAAGUUGAGCUAAUAGCCUUACAAAAACUAAAUCUAAGCUCAAACCAAAUAACUCAACUAGAAGAAAACCAGUUCACAAAAGUACCCAAAUUGAGACGCUUAGAUUUGUCUGCAAACAGCAUAAAACAUAUCGAUGUAAGGGCUUUUGAGGGCCUCAAAGAUCUAGAACGCCUCAAAUUAAACCACAACGAAAUAUUAACUCUAACAUUUGGGAGUUUUGAUGUUUUACCUAGCUUAAGACAAUUGGACAUUUCCAACAAUCCUCUCCAAUGUGAUUGCGGUCUUUUAUGGAUUCUUGACUACUCGCAAAAGCACUCUAUUAAACUUAUGUCAAAUCCUAAAUGUAGCUCGACUUUUAAAGGAAUUUCACUCAGAAAACUCAAAGUAGGAGUCGACAUUCAUUGUAAAUCAGCUACACACGAUAAUCUUUUGCCUUUGUUGGAUUUACAACCUGAAAAUAAUCAAAUGGUUUUUGAGGGGGAUUCGUUAAAGUUGCAUUGCAGAGCUCCAAGUAUUACUGACAGUACUAAUGAUUCCAGGUUGGAGUGGUUGUGGUUGGAUUCAAAGCCAAAAGACCAUUUCAGUGAUAUUUCAAUAGUAAAUGAAUUUUUGCCAAAUCCUGGUAUUGUUGAUAGUGUUUUGUAUAUUAAGAAAUUGACAAGAUCUCAUGCAGGGAUUUGGUCGUGUUUGUUUUCUUCUAUACAAGGGAAUCAUACGAAAAGUACUACAAUUUUAGUACUAUCAGAUGAUACAAGAUAUUGUCCAAUCGCAACAACAAAAAACAACAAAGGUACCUACAUUUGGCCUCAAACAAUAGUAAACAAUACCGUAACAGUACCCUGCGAAUUCCUAAACGACUAUUACGAGUCAACUAUCCAAACGGCCUCCUAUUUUUGCUCGGAAAAUAGCACCUGGAAAGAUCUGGACACUUCCCGUUGUUCCUACGUGUCUGACACUACUAGAAUCCUUGAAGGCUUCUCAAAAGUAAACUCCAGCGUCCUGGAAAGUGCACGCCAUCUUAAAGAUUUUACCUCAAAUGUUAGCUUGUUCAAGGAUGUAAUGGAUUUGGUGUUUUCCAUUGAAACAAUGGAGAAUUUUGUCAGUAGUAAUGGGGCGCCAUUAAGUGAACCUUUAAGCAAUAUUCUUAUGGAUAUUACAAAUAAUUUUUUAAACUUGCCAGAAGGGUAUUUGAAAAAGAGUGAUGAAGAGCAUAGGAGUUGUUCAAAGUUGGUUAGUGUCAUGGAAAAUGUGGCUUUGGGAAAUCCUGCAACACUUUUUCAAAGAGAAAAUUUUGUAAUUGAAGCUUUUCCUUCUAACAAGGACAAUUUCCCAGGAAUUAAAUGCUCUUGGUUUCGUAACGAAUUAAACUCUAUGGAUUCGUUAUUUUCUUGUAACAAUAAUAAUAAUGUGCCUGAUUCUAUGGUGUUGCAAGGCAAAAGUAUUGAAACUUCAGUUUUUGUGCCUGAAAGUUUAUUUAUUCGGAGUAAAGAUAGCAUUGCUGAUGAAGUUAAAGAUAACGUUAUAGUUUCAAUGCACAGUUCUAGUAAAUUUUUCCCCAUUGAUGAUGAACGAGUUGGAAAGGAAGGUGUCAGCUCAGCAAUAGUUGGAGUAAAAAUUGUUGGUCCUGGUCACGCUGAUCCUUCCCACCCGAUUAUAGUAACAAUUCGAGCCCCAAUUUCUACAUCAUAUGAAGUAACUCCUUUUACUCCAGUGUAUUGGGAUCAUGCCCUAGGCAGGUGGUCAACACAGGGUUGCCGUUUUGCCCAUCACUGGCACGACCAUGUGGUGUUUUCUUGUAGAAAAUUGGGAUAUUAUGGACUGAUGCAGGAUGUAAUUUUUACUAAUACAACUGGUUUUCCCAAGGGCUAUUUUCGUCUCUCCCAUCCAGCAAUUUAUGUUGGCAAUGCGAUUUUAUUUGCCUCGUUCCUAAUAGCAAUCCUAACAUAUAUUUUUGGAUUCGACAGCAUACAAAUGCCUAAGAAAGCCAAGCAUUGCCUCAUAAACACUUGGACAGCAAUAGCGAUUUUGUGUUUCAUUUACUCCUUUGGUAUUUACCAGACUGAAGAUCAGAAGCUGUGCCAGGCUAUUGGGCUGAUUUUGCACUAUUUGUCUUUGUGUUCGAUGUUGUGGAUGUGUGUCAGUAUUAAUUCGAUGUAUAAAAGGCUCAGUAGGAAUGGAGAUUCGAUUUUACAGGAUGAUGAUUUACCUAGCGACCAACCAAUAAAAAAACCAGUCAUGGGUUUAUACUUAGUAGGAUGGGGCGUGGCCUUAAUUAUUUGCGGCUUAUCAACUGCCAUUAACAUUAAAGAAUAUGCCUCUCAGUCGCACUGCUUUUUGCGCACAGGCCCAGCUUUGAGCGCCCUCUACGUACCGUUUGCCAUUCUAUUCCUUUUUAUGAUUGUAUUUUUCCUCAUGGUACGAUGCGCCAUCAAUAUUCUAGAUUUGUCUCACGGAGGCCAUUUGAGUGAAGGCACCCAAGCAACCGAACACGUGGACUUGGACCUUUUAGAACCGAAUUUUCCUAAUCAAGAUGGCAGGAGCGUGCGAAGCUACUCAUCUAAAACCGUUUCGAGUGAGACGGAAGAUAACGAACGCUCGCCAUUGGCUCAAUUGAAAGCGCACGUGAUUUUCGUUUUUCUAUUUUUGAUCACGUGGCUGAGUUGUGCGUUUGCCACAGUUCCACCUUUGGGAUUGGUCAGCUACGAAGCGGAUUUGUUUAGUGGAGCUUACGCUAUUUGCUCUACUACUUUGAGUGCGUUUACUUUGUUCUUUUAUUGCGUGGCUAGGAAUGAUGUCAGGACUCAGUGGAUGACUAUGUUUAGGUGGAUGCGGCGAAAACGACUACUCAGACCUCGCACAGUCUCAGACACAUCGCCAAGAGUCCAAAUUCAAUCUUUACCACUUCCACCAGUCGCUAACAGUGACGCUCAGGCAAUGUCCAGAUCUUCCAGCAGAAGCUCAAACCCCACCAAAUCGAAUUCUUUAAAAGGAGCUGCUGCAUUAGAUUUAAAUGGUUCAAUGAGUGAAAGGGCUGGUACAAAAAUAAACAAUGUGAAUUUAAUUGCCUUGCACCGAGCUCAUUAUCGCUCUAAUUUAGUUCCACACAUUAUUGAGAAUCCUACAAGUGCAGCGGACGUUUUUUAUAAUCCUCAUCAAAUCACUGUGGCCAGGAAAUUUUUUCGCAGGCAACGCCGAGAUAUGAUGAAGAGGAAUAAUCUGCAAACUAAACCACCUAGAGAUGUUAACAGUGAUGCUACUUCGGUGUUUUCAGAGCCGAGGCCUGUUAAAAGGAGAAAUACUGAGCAAAACAUGUUUGGGACAAAUUCCAAAGUGAACAACACAAAUAUACACGUGGAACAUGUGCCUAAAUCGCAAAAGAAGAAUCUCAAUAUAUUUUCUGAUAGCGGAGAUGAAUUUGAUAUGCUCAGCGACGUGCCAGUGGAAAAAAUUGUCAUAAACGCCGAACGAUUGAGAAAAAAGGAAAUUGCUAGGAAUAAAACUAGGAAAAAAUCCAAUUUGUUGCAAGACAACGUGCAGGCGCAAAUGCGCACCGUGUCUCAGCAGUGCACAUUGGAUUACAGCUCAGAAAAUCCACUUUCUGAUUCCAUAUUGGACAAGGGCAGCCUCUUGUCGCCGCUAUCGCCCACUAAAACUUUGCCAGCUACUUCGAGACAGGUUAAAAAAUUAAUGGACGAAAGUAGUACUACGCCUAUGGAGACUUCAGCUACUACAGAAACUACUGCACAUUUGAGCACAAGGAGGGAAAACAGCCCUGUAGAAGAACCUCAUCAUUAUGCUGAAAUAGCUGAACUAAGAGGGAGCGAAUCGACUGUUAGGGCGGGCAAGUUCGGAUUGGGUGGCAAGAACAGCCCUUUUGCUCGGCUUCGAUCUCCUUCAAAUUUCUCAAGAACCAGCAGCGUUUCGGCCACGGACAUCGACGAACUCUACCAACAAAUCCGUCGAGGACCCAUGCCAAUGCAACCUCAAAAAGGACGCCAUUUCAAUUCGCAACCUCAACGAGCCUAUUCCAGUCCCUUCUUAUCCGAUUCAGAUUUAACUGGAUUCACGGAAUCGCGAGAUUUGCAGACUUACGAUGACACUGUUGACGUAGAGACAACUGUUUGAAUUAAAGUAUUUUAGUUUUUAAGUUAAUGAGACUGUUUUUUUUUUUUUAAGUCGGCGAUGUUGUGACGCUGUUGUGAGCUGAGUUGUGCCUGAAUUUUGCUCUCUAUAAUUUGAAAAUCGCCUUUGACUGUAUUAAUAAUUUUUAAAAAAAUGCUCAAGCAAAAGGUGUGCAAUUUAAUCUGUGUGUAUUUAUUAAUAUUAUUUGAAUGUUUUAGGUUUCGAAUAAUUGAUUUACUUAAUAUUUGUGUACAUUAAACUUGAGUAUUUAUAUACGAAAAUCUGUGAUAUAUAAAAUGGUCAUUCUUAUGUACUUACUGAUGGUAUUAAUUUUACUUAAAUUCUUGUAUACCUACAUACAAGUUUCUUUUUAGUGAAUAUAUAAGUUUCGAGAAGCUUUGCCUUAUAUAAAUGUGUUUAAGUUUUGUUGCUUUUUAGGAGUUUACAAAUCUAAAACUAAUAAGCUUCUUGAAAGUAUGUAACAUAUAAUUGCAGCUCUCUAUAAGAUUGUGAUUGUAUGUGAACAAAAAAAUGUCUAUAUCCCCCAAAAUGUACAACAUAUUGAUGUAAAGACUGUUGAAAUAAGAGUAUCAUUAUAAAAAAUUAUAUAAAGAUAUAUUUGUGGAAAAAACAACACAUAAUAGAAAAUAUAACAAUAAACAAACUGUAUUUGAAUCUUAUUUUAAUCACGCAGAAACACUAUUAACAGUGCUAACGAUAAUAUCUAAAGAUUGUUCAAGUUCUUUUUGGUUGAUAACUAGAGGAGGCGCGAAACGGAUUAUAUUAUCAUGAGUAGGUUUGGCUAAAAGGCCGUUGUCUCUAAGUUUCAA